CAGCCAGCUAUAUUCCAUCAAACAACAGUAAGUACCGGUACAACUGUAAAAUCUCUUUCAUUACAUCAGAGGGUGGCUGUCCAUUGUAGUAUGAAGAGGAGAAGAGAAAAAAAGACUCUAUAGUGACAAGUUACUUCCUUGCUAGGAAGAGGGUUGGUUCUAAGUGCAGCUAACCAGAGGUUCUGUCGCCACCAAAACCAGACUCCAGGAAUCCUGUUUGGUUGAGAUGGCUAACAUCACCCCAAGAUUUUAUGGUCCACU